GUGAUUGGCGUCGCUGGUGUAUAUUUGCCCCGGGAGCGCAGGAGCCGGCAGCAGAAGUUGGCAAAGACGUGAUUAGGUGUUUGUGAUUGUCAGUGACAGUUCCGCCCCGCUCGCAGGCAGCCGGCUAUCGGCGCUCAGAUAAGAAGUGUUCUGGCUGGAAUGAGUAUUUCUGAGGCGGAAUACUGCCGUGUAGAGGAUUCGCAGCCGCCCCGGGGCGCAGGCUUGGACACGGCCGCUUCCCCAUGGGCUCGGGGCGAGAGCGCUGCUGCCUCCCAGCCCACAGCCACCCUUGCCACAGUUGUCGCCGCGAGUAAAGCGGAGGGGAACGGCGACAGCGAAUCCCGGAUCCGCCGCCCUAUGAACGCCUUCAUGGUCUGGGCAAAGGACGAACGUAAACGGCUCGCCCAACAAAACCCAGACCUGCACAACGCAGUCCUCAGCAAAAUGCUCGGGCAGUCCUGGAAAUCUCUCCCCUUUGACGAGAAGCGCCCGUUUGUGGAGGAGGCCGAGAGACUGCGAGUGCAACACUUACAAGACCACCCCAACUACAAAUACCGGCCGCGCAGGAAGAAGGCCAGCAAGAAGGUGAAGCGGAUGGAGGGCAGCCUGCUGGCACACGGCCUGACCCGACCCCACGGCCCCGCUCUCAGGACUAGAGCAGGAGCCGGCGGCGACCGGUACAGCCGGGGCCAGUCCGAGCCGAGGGCCGGCGGGCAGCACCACCAACUCGCCUCGCUCGCCCACUACCGCGACUUGCAUGGACUGGGCUCGGAGUUUGACAACUACGGCUUGCCCACGCCCGAGAUGUCCCCCUUGGACGCGCUGGAUCCCGUCUUCUUCCCCACUCACGCCCAGGAAGACGGCAACGUGCCCUACGCUGCCUAUCACCACCACCACCACCUAGACUACACCGCCAGAGAGAAGGCAGACGCCUUGAGCUACUCAGACCAGAUGUCUGCCAACGUGGCCGAGCUGGUGAGGAACCCGCAGCAUCUGUACUACAGCCAGAUGUGCCACGGAGGUCAGGGACACCUGGGACACCUGUCGCCUCCCCCUGAAGCCCCCCAGCACCUUGACAACAAUGUGGAACACUUUGGUCCAACCGAGCUGUGGACUGAUGUUGACCGCAGCGAGUUUGACCAGUAUUUGAACCUGGCAAGGACUCGUGCAGCUGAUAACUCCGGGCAAACCUUUCACGUCGCCCUGUCCAAACUGAACCCAAGAGGUUGCGAGGAGAGCAGUUUCAUCUCUGUACUGAGCGACGCCAGCAACGCUGUGUACUACAGCGCUUGUCUCAGCGGCUAGAUCGCCGAACUCAAUCAACGCUGUCCAACUAACUCCCCCUGCAAACAAAAAGACACACAAAAAGUGCUGGAGGAGCUCAGCGGGUCAGGCAGCAUCUGUGAUGGAGAAGGGACGUUCUUGGUCGGCGCCCUACUUCAGACUGAAGCUCAUAGAAACAUAGAAACAUAUAAAUUAGGUGCAGGAGUAGGCCAUUCAGCCCUUCGAGCCUGCACCGCCAUUUAAUAUGAUGAUGGCUGAUCAUCUAACUCAGUAUUCCGUACCUGCCUUCUCUCCAUACCCUCUGAUCCCCUUGGCCACAAGGGCCACAUCUAACUCCCUCUUAAAUAUAGCCAAUGAACUGGCCUCAACUACCCUCUGUGGCAGAGAGUUCCAGAGAUUCACCACUCUCUGUGUGAAAAAAGUUCUCCUCAUCUCGGUUUUAAAGGAUUUCCCCCUUAUCCUUAAGCUGUGACCAUCUGCCCAUUCCCUCCACAAACGCUGCCUACUGCCUAAACUAACCUGUCCCUGGGACAUUAUGGACAGGCGACAUCGUUUGGAAAAAGGGACCAUCGCUCAGAUUAAUCAGUCUGAAGAACAGCCCCGACCACAAACGCCUGGCCAUUCUCUCCUCGACCAGACUCUGCCUGACCCGCUGAGUUCCUCCAGCACUUUGUGUCUAGCCCAAGAUUCCAGCACCUGCAGUUUUCAUUUUUGUGUCACCAGUGUUAAGUCCCAGUGCGGGGUUAUUUGCAAUAUACUAUUUUUCUUUUCUUUUUUUUAAAUUGUAAUUAAACUGUUAUUGUAGGUAUAUAUUUACUUAUGUCUCCGCCGAGACAAACAGGCUGUGUCCCACUUGGGGUAAAGGGCGUAAUGAAGUCAACCAGAAAACAACAAUGAUAAUCGAACAAUGUCGGUGUCCAAAGCAAAUUAAUAAUAAAAAGGGAAUUGUAAUAAUCAGAGGUUAUUCCGACUGGAAUAUUUUGUAUAAACCUUCAUGGAGCAGCACAUACAGGUAGAUAUUUCAUCGAUUCAUGUCCAAAUGUAUAUGUGGAAGGUGGACAAAAAUGCUGGAGAAACUCAGCGGGUGAGGCAGCAAUGUACUUCUCGAGAUCGCUCUUUCCACCUUAUGUGGAUGGAUGCCACCUGAUAUUUUGGCGCUUUUGAACCUGAUUAUGCAUCUAACUGGCAGUGUACAGUGCUAACCUGAUCUCACAUACUGUUGUAGUGGUGCUUAUUUUGCUGUAAUUGCAUUUUCUAAAUCUGUUAAUAAAUUCUGUUAUUUAAUAAAUAAAAAACAGAACAACUUGAAAAUUGCUUCCGUAAUAUAAAA